UGUAUUGUCCGACUGGUGUUUAUGGCGGACGGUGGUAGUGGUGGUGGUUGUGGUGCCGACAAGUGAUAUAAUCGUCGUCGUUCUUCCUUUUCUUCUUUUUCAUGCCCGUUGUCAUAAUCGCAUGUUAACGCGAUAUGUUUUACAAGGAAAUUUUAUUUUUUACUUUUUUUUGUUUUUGUUUUUGUUUGAAUCUUUUAAAUUUCACAGGGUCACUAUUUGUGAGUUCGAUUGUCUGAUUAUUUUUUCGCAUUAUCGUUGAAACGCGCACGUACGUCAUACACAUAUUAUUAUCAUUGUCGUUGUGUUGUGUCACUUUUCGCUGUGCACGAACGGACUACGUACCGGACGCGGAGGUAUCCAGUGGCGAAAUUUUCUAGCUGAAUUUUACCAACAAUUGCAAAUGUUUUGAGUGUCUUCGAGGUCGCCAUUACACGUGGUGCGUGUUUUGCAGAGUUCGUUUUCAUACCAUCGUAGUAACAUGAACAUUGCGCCGGUCGUGGCGCUGUGUUUAACGAGUGUGUGAGCGUAUAAGCGCGUGUUAUCAUAUUGUGAAUAUCUGGUGUUCAAUUAUCGCGUCGUAAAGCAAACUAACUGUUGUUAAUAGUAUUAUUUCCCGUGAUUACAAAGUCGUAGUGUCUCAACAUUUAUUUCACAUGCGACAUAUGGAGAAAUUUUCAGAAUGUUGAACGAGUCGAAUGCAGUGCCUGCUAUGAUGCUGAUGUCGUCCUUCUACAUAAACUAUAAAAACUUGUUUGUUCUAUACGUUUAGACAUUUAUUUGAUAUACUAUGAUAAUGGACACUACGUCGACUGCUAAUAUUGCACAGCAGCAGUCGCCUGCUUAUGGACUCAUGAAACGAGGGAAACGUGGUGCAGCUGCACUCAUUGCAGCUGAUUGUUGUAAUGCUGCAGCUGAUACGGCUACCAUCCAACAACAGCAGCAAGAUGAUGGUAGCGGAGAUGCAGCUGCAGCUGAUUCCGCUCUAACCCGUUGUAAAUUACUGGACGAUAUGCUGGACGUGCUGCUUAAUCCAUACGAUGCAAUUGGCGAGUGGAAUAAUUUGGACUGGUUACGUUGGUUAAUGGCCGGUGGUAAAACCCUAGAUGAAUUUAGUAGUGCAGUUAAAGUAUAUGAUUACGGCACAUGUUGUGGCCUCGUUUGGACAGCCAAUUAUGUAGCAUAUAGAUGUCGUACUUGUAGUAUAUCGCCUUGUAUGUCUCUGUGUGGAGAUUGUUUUAAGCGUGGUGAUCAUACAGGUCAUGAUUUCAAUAUGUUUCGUUCUCAAGCAGGAGGGGCAUGUGAUUGUGGAGAUACGAGUGUAAUGAAACCUGAUGGGUUUUGUCGUAAACAUAGCAGUACAAAUAAUAUUGACGGUACUAGUACCAGCAGUAAUAGUGGUUGUAAACAACCUCCAGCCGAUUUGUUGAGGGUAGCUGAGAGAAUAAUGCCAAGACUUUUGUUACGACUUGUGCAGUAUUUACGUGAAAACAGCAAAAUUGCUGAUUCUAGAGCAAGCAAUACAUCACAUAUACCACCAGGUGUUGCAAGUUCUGCUGCUGCUGCUGCUGCUGCUGCUGCUGCUGGAUUACCAAAUCCGCAACAAAGUUUAUUACUUAUAGACUUAGACCCAUUUUUGGGUAUGUUACACGACCUUGGUGCUCUUGGAGCUGCUAUGCGACGUGUCAUGACUGUAUCUUUGACCAAUGAAAGAAUAUACCGAUGGGCAUGUGAUUACUACAGUAGCACUGGCAAUUUUGUUAAUGAUUCUAAUAUACAACAACAACAGCAGCAGCAACAACAGACUAUUUAUACUAUAUACACAGAUAAGGUGCGUCGUUAUUAUGCUGAAGCUAUACAUCAAUACACUACCUCAACAUCAUCGUCGUCGUCAUCAUCAAGCAAUCGUCGACGACGUCGUAGUAACACAAGGAUUGGAGAUGUUAUACAUGACAGUAAUAGUCUUAGUAAUUCUGAAGACGACGACGAUGAUGAAGAUGAUGAAUUUGGACAAGAUGAUUGGCUCGUUGAUGGUCAGAAUUGUACUGGACGAAAGAACAAAUUGAAUCAUUCCAGUUUUUUGCAAGAGAUUGUUUUUUGGACUGUUCGAUAUGAGUUUCCUCAAAAGAUGGUCUGCUUUCUGUUGAACAUGUUGCCUGAUGCGGCAUACAAGGAAGCAUUGACUGAAGCAUUUGUUAUGCAUUAUGGAUGUGUUGCUCGUGUUUUGGCCACAACAAGAGAUUCGGAUACUCUUUCUAACCAUAUUGUUCACAUUAGUGUUCAAUUGUUUAGUAAUGAAGCAUUAGCUACACGCAUGGUCGACAAAUUAGGAUUACUUAGAAUAAUGGUAUCAAGCUUAAGGCGCAUGAUGACAAAAAUACUGAUACCUUCAACGUUACUUGAUCCCAUGAAAAACAGACACAGGGUUGUAGAUUGUUCAAAGGCUGUUAUGAAAGAGCAUUGUUAUUGGCCACUGGUCAGCGAUCUAAACAAUGUUUUAUCGCAUAGGCCAAUUGCAGUUAAAUUCAUGUGUGAUGACCGUUUAUUAGAUUCAUGGUUUUCAUAUUUAUCAAUGUUUCAAGGAAUGAAUGUUAAUUGUCGAGAGUUGGGACAUCAUGUUGAAUUUGAACCAAACACUUAUUAUGCUGCUUUUAGUGCUGAACUUGAAGCUAGUGCAUAUCCUAUGUGGGCCAUGCUGUCACAUCUUACAUCUGCUGACACUUUGUCGUUAUCCUCUCGUGUGUUACGUGCUUGUCUUAAACGUCUCCGUAAAUGGCUUGUAGAUGUAGGUUACUACUCUAAUCAGAAUGAGAAUCGGAGAUUUGAUGAUAUUACUUCCUCUACUAGUAACAGUAUAAUUACUAGCACGAACCCAGUUCAACGAUUUGAUGAUCGCCAUCAGUUCACUUUUCACUUGCCUUUGCACCGGUAUUUGGCAGUAUUUUUAUGUCAAGCUGUGCGUGCACAAGGUGCUCAUAUUGAAGACAUUAUACCACGAAGCAAUAAGGAAAAUUCAGCUGAAAGAGACUCAUUGUUAAUAGCAAUUGCUUCACAUCCUGUACGCGCUCAAUCAGCAUUCUAUGAAAUUAUGCAGGGUACAUGGGUGCGUAAUGGCCUACAAAUUAAAGGUCAAGCUAUGACGUAUAUCCAAUCAAAUUUUUGUAUAUCUAUGGUAGAUGCUGACAUAUAUUUACUUCAACUUUGUCUAUCUGAAUUAUCAGAUGCCAACAUAUUCAUGUCUUUAAUAUUGGAAAAGUUUAAAGUGUAUGAUUGGAUGCAUGCAGUCAAAAAUGGGGGAUUACCUCAAGUAAUGGAUUCAGAAGAAUAUGAUGCAGCACCUAGUAUGGAAGGCUUAUUAGUUUUCCUUGCUACUUUAAUAGGUGUUCGUACCAAUUUAUGUUCUGAUGAAGAUUAUGAUUAUUGUCAGUCACAAUUAGAAAUGGUUACAUUAUUAUGUGUUUCUGAUAAAACACACAGUCAAUUAAUGGAACUAAUGCCUGAGCGCUGUGGUGGUAUUCAAACUAGCGCUACAACUACUACUAGUCCUAUAAAUACCAGUGGUGAUGGUGCAUCUCGAAAUCCUCCCUCCCUUGACCAAGAAUCUCCACCAUCUAUGCGGGAUUUUGAAACUGUAUUACAAGCUGUAGCAGAAUAUAAAAGACCUCAAUUUGAAGCAUCUGGUAACAUGCAACAAGGACUGUAUGUGCCUUUAGCACAUGUCUGGAAAAAAUUGUACGAUCCAGUGCAUGUCCUUUUAAGAGCUGUACAUAGACGUGACUUCCAAUCAUCCAUGGAUCGUUACACAACUUUUAUGCGUUCUAUCGGAGUGCUGAAACAAAAUCAAAAUACUUGGCCACCGUAUAGGAUGCCGCAAAAACACCAUCCAGCGUAUCGCAAUCCUUGCAGAGCACUAUUGACUAAGAUAUUUUAUGCUGUGGUCUGGCAUUGCUUAUACCGUUCAACAAUUUAUCGAGAUAUUAGUGAACAUACACUUAGUUUACUGGUCUAUCUCCUUGACCAAGCAUGGAUAUGUUAUGAUAACGCUCCCAUUGACACUAGUGAAUUUUAUAAUCAAGAACCAAUGGAUACAGAUCCACCAACUAAUCAGUCUGCAUCAUCAUCAGCAGCUUUAUCUAAAGAAUAUUUCUUUAAAGAGAGCCACUUUUCUCCACCAAAAAGAAGGAUCAAAUUAAUUUUAGCAAAUCCUAAUAGUGUACCAGUUACUUCUAAAGAAACAACACUCUUGCUAUUGAAUCAUUGGUAUGAUCAUGACAAUUUGGCAUUAAAUUUUUGUACUACUAUCACACAUGUUGAGUUGCCACCCCCUUUCACUCGUUAUUUUUUUGGUGGAGAAGCAACUAGUGCUACUUCUAAUGUAACGGCUGCUUCAACAAUGGCAACCAAUUUAUUUGAUUAUUUUACAUCAUCUGUAGCAGCAGCUGCUUCUGUUGCUAGCUCUUCAUCACCAAUUACUGUUCCUCAUAACUUUGAACCUGGUAACUCACAACAACAACCUAAUGUUGUUCCAUCCUUGGCUACAAUAGCUGGAAAUGAAAUACCUCUACCUGGUUCUUCUAUUCCUACACGUCCACCUUUUUAUAGUUUAAAUGCUGCAGCAGCUGCUACAUCUUCUACAAUGGCAGAUUCUGCGUUAAAUCGUGUUAAACAACGUUUGCAAUUCUUACGUCCUCCACCAAAAACAGAUUCGCUUACACAUGAACAACAUCAGUCAUCAUCGUCAUCAUAUGAUAAUGUGCCAAUUAUUGAUCUUACCUUUCCUGAAUGUCCAUUUGAGUUUCUUAAUGAUAAUGAAACAUCAAUAUUGGCAAUUGAUAAAAAUCAGACAGUGAUAGAAGUUGAUGAUCAACAAAAUUCAUCGGUAUCUGUAAAUGAGAGUAUCAUUUCCUUGCUCUUAAAAUUGCACUCACAGUUGUCGGGUGAACCAGAUUCAUAUCAGCCGCCUGUAUUAUCACAUCAAUCAACCACUUCAAAUAAUUUAAUUGACGGGACCAUGACAUCAGAAAAUGAUGAUAUCCAAGAAGUUCCGCCAUGUGGUGAUGGGGCAUUUUUUGUAGGUCGUUUGUUAGAUAGGAUAGCUAGAAGGUCGAAAUUAUGUUAUGAUUGCAUAUUGCAUACUAAAAAGGCUUUAUGGCCAAUCGCAGUAGUAUUGCGAGAAACUGCUUCAAGGGAUGAUGAAGAGCGUGAGCGGCGGGAACGUAAACGCCGGGCCCGUGACAAGCAACGACAAAUGAUGGAGGAAAUGGCACGAGCCCAACGUGCAUUUCUUGAAAGUGCACGUCGCUCGGGAGAUCUAGAUUCUACUGAUACACAAUUACAAUCUUCCAGUGGCACUACUUCAAACAUGGAAUGUGACAUACCGGCUCCUUCUGUGGAGCUAUCUACUUCAACUGCUUGUAGUAGUGAAGCAGCCACUACCUCGAUGUUGGCAAAUACUAUAGUUGAAAUAGAUGAAAAUAGUAGUAGUAGUAAUAGUACUACAACAAAAGAAUCGGCAACUAAUAUUCUUGGAUCUGAUCAACACGAAACCACAUUGACCGUAGAUUGUGUGAUUUGUAAUCAAACUGUAAGUGUACAGAUAGAGCAACAGCGUCAAGAUCCAGUAGGAUUAGUGAUAUUGGUUCAAGGUACAAACGUUUUAGCACAUAGACGGCAUAUUGUUUCACAACCAAUAAUAUCAACAAAUCAAUACAAUGUUAAUAAUAUAAAUACUACCGAGUAUCAGCAACAACCAUUAGAUACAGAAAAAACCACUGGUCUCACAAAUAUUAAUAAUGUUGAGAAUAGUUGUGUAGUCAACAAUGAACAAAAUUAUUAUCAUUUUUGGCCUGCUCUACCACCAUUGAAUUCGCAUCAACAUCACCAACAAUCUACAUCUGUAGUAAAUGAUUCUAAAUCACUGCAACAACAUAGUCAACCAAUUGUGACAACAAUUGCUGAUAAUUACGAUGCAACUACAUAUGCUUCACAUUCUGAUCGACGCAAACGUUUGAUGUCACAAUAUUUUAAUAACUUGGAUAAGGCUGAUUUUGAAGUUGGAUCUCUUACAACUACUACUAGUGCUACUCCAAUUGGUGGUAAUGUCCAUGUACAAACCUGUGGUCAUCAUUUACAUUUGAGGUGUUGGAGUUCAUAUCUUGCAUCGUUACGUGGUGCUCAGCGUUUUAAUGCAGACCGUGGUGAAUAUAGUUGUCCACUUUGUCGGCAAUUAGCCAAUUCUUUAAUGCCAUUAAUACCAGAAGUUUCUAUCGAUCAAAACCAGCAACAACGAGGCUGUGCCCCUAUUAACAAUAUUAUUACCACAAGUGCUAUGUCUGAUGCUGUGAGUAAAUUGACAGAACUAGUAAAACAGCAAGAAUAUGAAUCACCAAAUCCAGAACCAUCUAGUGAUGCUGUUUGCUGCAGUGAAACAUCAGCUUCUGUUUUCUUUGGUGAUACAGAGAAUAUUGUUAAUCGACAUCCCUUGCAUCAGAAUGUUAAUCACCAUCGUUUUAUUGAUUAUUUUGAGUUAAAUGAUGAAGUACAUAAUAUUAAUCCUGCUGCUGGUGGAGAAGAUGAAAUUGAUGACAAUGUAGGAGAGGAAGAAGAUUUAGAUUUAGACAGUGAAGAAGAUCCUUUAUUAAGUGCUGUUAAUAGAUGUGUGAGCGAUAUGAUUUCUAUGACUAUAGUCACAGCUGCAGCUCAAACUGUAUCAUUGCCACACACAUUGAUAUCAACUCAAAUAGAAAAAAUGUACAAAAUAAGAUGGCAUAGUGUUGUAUCUGUGGCUUGGACAAAUAUCCAAGUGGAAUUGGUGCAGCGCAACAACAGUCUUAUAGAACAACUGCAGCAAGAUCAGUCAUCAAUACAUCACGGUAAUAAUUAUUAUCGUCGACUCAAUUUGUUUUCUACUACUGCAGUUAAUGCUACAGACAUUAAUGGCAGCAAUAAUUAUUACAACAUGCUACCCAAGCGCAAUUGUAUAGCACCAUUGUUAAAAGUAUUGCGUGCGAGUGCUCGGUCUUUGAUGGCCAAAUACCAAACUCCCGAUUAUAAUCCCAUUAGUGAUGUAUGGUACAAAUUAAUUGGUUGCGAUCAGCCUCGACAACAAUUAAGCAAUACUUAUCCACCAUUAAUGAUGCGUGAUCCAUGCUCUGUACUCUUACAACUUGUUUUGUUAUUACCUACUCUAGACCGUGAUUUGUUUGAUACAUUAAUCAAACUCACUUACAACAUGCAAUUGUAUAUAGCUGGGUUGAAAGUCGCCUCUACAUGGAAUCGUAACUGUAAAUUCAACCGCCAACUUUAUCACCGCCGACGACAUCACAGUGGUUUCAAUACAAGAAAAAUAUCAACAAAAACUGAAGAAAGAACUGAUGGAAGCACUAGUGCUCAGAUGGAUUUAGAUGAUGAACACAAUAAUAAAUUAUCAUCAUUGUCUAUGGAUAUAACCGAAGUUGACAAUACACUACCAUUAACACCUUUAUUUUCACAAGUUGUAGCUUUAGCCAAAACAAUAGUGUUUUUAUCGGAUGAUGAUGAAACGGAAAUAGUCAACAUUGGUUCAAUAGUUAAUAAUGAUGAUGAAUUUAUGAUGCACCAAGAAGAUGAAGGUGUUGAAAAUGUUGUUAGUGAUGAAAAACUUGACAGGUCAAUAGAUGCUUCAGAAAAUGACGAAGAAAAUAUGUUGCUUCUAGAAUCUUAUGGAAGACGAAGUACACUGCCAUUUUUGCGGUUUGCUGCUCUAUUGAAAAAAUAUAUUAAUGAAGAUGAUGAUGAUAAUCUAGAAGACCACCCAGAAUUCACAAUGUCAUCGUCACAACUUAGUAAUUUUAAUGUAGAACAAAACAAACAAAAAGAACAACUAUUGGAUGGCCAAGUGCGUCAUAGCCAUAAACUUUCACCACCAUCGGUUGAAGUUAACUACAACGUCAAUUUUUCUAGUACAAAUUCUUCUCAUCAUCAUCAACAUUGGUCAAAAGACGAUUAUGAAUACCUAAUGCUCGCUCGGUAUCUAAAACUAUUAAAUAAUAAUGAAGAAGCUCAUGAGGUCAGUGGUCAUUGUGAAGAAAGCUAUAGCUACAGUUGUUCCAUUGAAAAUAACGACAAUCAAAAUCAGAACAACUAUGAAAAAAGACAAAGUAUGCCAUUGCUGCCACCGUCUGCCAUGGAAGCUGUCAUUUGGCCACAAUGGUCAUAUAAUACCAACGAUAUAAGUAAUAAAAUUUCAACAACUAUUUCUCGUACAUGGUUUACAUGUUUUCGUGAAUCAUUGACUACCAAAAUACCUAAAGCCACUAUCAUCGGUGAAAAUACUACUACCAUUGUUUCUUCUGCUGCUGCUGAAAUUGAUCCAAAUUCAAAAGCCACCACUUCAGCUAAUAUCAUAAUGGCUGCACGUAUGUUACUUUUUGCUGACUGCUGUGAUGGUGGUGGUGUCACUGAUGACACCAACGCUGGUAUCUUAGAUAGCAGCCGUAGUUUAUUCCCACCAAUCAAUUGGACGGGACCUCGAUUGUUGAAGCUGCCACAUCUAUAUGAUGAUGUUUUCCAGUACUAUCAUGGUAGGGCCUGUCAUCGGUGUCAUGGUGUGCCACGAGAGACUAGCGUGUGUUUGGUUUGUGGUACUGUGGUAUGCCUGAAAGAAAAUUGUUGUAAAACAAAUCACAUUUACGAAGCAGUACAACACUCAUUGGAAUGUGGCGGUGGUACAGGUAUGUUCUUAGUUGUGACUUCAAGUUCCGUUGUAGUAAUUCGUGGCAAACGAGCAUGUCUUUGGGGAUCUGUUUACCUGGAUGCAUUUGGUGAAGAAGAUCGGGAACUCAAACGUGGAAAACCAUUAUAUCUAAGUGCAGAACGAUACAGACUGUUGGAACAUCAGUGGUUGGCGCAUAGAUUUGAUCACACUAAUAAGAAAUGGGUAUGGCACAGAGAUGCGUUGUAAAUAAUAUGAAGAUAACAAUUAUGAUAAUGGCUUUGAUAAUAUACACAAUGUUACUUGAAUUAGUAGUUUUAAUAUUAGUCUAACAAACAACGGCAACUGGUGUCAUUACCAUUUCUUUAAUAAUGUUGUGAUAUGUUUCUUAUUCUAAAACCUUAAUGGUAUAUUGUGUUGUAAACAAUUUUUUAUAAUUAUUGUUAUUAUUUACGUAUGAACUAUUAUUAUUUUAUUAUCUUAACUAUUUUACUCCCAUUACAAUUAUAUUAAAAAUAAUUAUGUAUAUAAAACAUGUUUAUUUAUGUGAAUUUAUUAUUAAUUAUUAUGCCGUGUGUAUGUACGUAACAUAGCACCCAUUCUUUUAUUAUCUUAAUAUACAUAUGUAAUAACUACAUAUUUGUGAGCCGUGUUUACUUAUCCAUUAUUAUUAUAAUUAUUAUAUACUUGUUUUUUGUUGUUGUAGAAGCUAUACAACUAUCAACUGUAUCACACCUAUGUAUACACUUGAAUAAUAUAUAUUUAAUAAUAACAAUAUUAA